AUGCAAGAAACCCAAAAUUUUUGGAUAGAUCUGCGCGUGGGAUUGCAAAUGCCAAUCUCGAUGAGCUUUCGCCGGAAAAGACUGUACAUGGAGUCCUCUUUACUUGCAAGUACAGCCACUGGCCGGAAAAGAGAGAUCGCAGAGUUGAUUCAUGGCCGGAAAUUUGCGCAGCAGCUUCAAGUUUUGUUGCACAAAUCCCCGGAAACUGAUGAUAUUGACAGCAGCGGAAUGACGUCUGCUCAGAUUCUGUUCCGGCGGUUGAUUCUCUUUGUUUGGAUGGCCACCGGAAGUCUGAAGAUCCUGGCGAGAGUUGUAAGACUUCUGUACAAAAAGGAUCGGAGAGGAUGCUACAAAAGAAGAACUUCUGAGACGUGCACCAAAGAGACCUCUACUUGGAUUGAUGAUGUCCAUGCACGGAAGAAGUAUGGACAAAAAUCCAUACUCAAUUCCCCACAUCCAAGAUCCAGGCCAGACUUGAGCUCUAGGGUUAUUGUCAUUACCGGAAUUUUGUAA